CGCAGCGGUAAUUUCCGCUAUGUCACAUCGUUCCACAAAGAGGGGCUGGAUUUAAUGUCACAUCUUGAGAUUGCACCCCGUAGACAAUUGGUCCAAGUCGCUCUGACAUGUCAAAUAAUUAUUGCGGGGAAUAAAACAAACCCAUGUGGCCCCUUUUCAAGGCACCGAUUUGGUGGGACAUCGGCGGGCAUUUAAGGAAUGUCAUUCCCAAUAGUGCAGCCACAUUGGAAAGAAGCAAGGGGUGAAAUAAAGUUAUCCCCCUUUUCUAAGGAUUUUUCUUGAUAUCUUGCUGCCUUUUGCCUCUUUGUUUAAUCCAGCGUAUUUUCGAUCUCUGCAUGUGCGAUCUGAUUCCCACAAUAUGUCAGGCUUCGCAUUUUGGAAGCUCCUGGGGCCGAUUGCUUUAACGUUCUUAUUUCCUGGCCGAGUUCGUGGACAGGAUACAGUUCCAAAUGAGUUUGAUGUCCUAGACUAUGUCGAUCCACUUAUUGGAACGUCUAAUGGAGGGCAUUCCUUUGCUGGGGCGACACUACCAUUUGGUAUGGCAAAAGCGGUAGCAGACACACAGGGCGAGAAUCAAGCUGGCUUUGCAUUUGACACCGAAACGGUCACUGGCUUCUCACAUACCCAUGACUCCGGGACGGGGGGUUCACCAUCUAUGGGUAACUUUCCUAUAUUCGCACAGCCUAACUGCCCAGAUGACGACCUCAACAAAUGUAAAUGGCAACAAAACGAUCGCGCAGUCGCGUGGGUACGAGACUCUCCCAAGGCCAGACCAGGCUACUUUAGCAUUAGUUUGGAAAACGGCGUGCAAGCUGAGAUGACGGUGACAAACCACUCGGCAUUAUAUCGAUUUACAUUUAACAAUGUCCCCACAGAGUCCCUUAGCCCAGUGAUUCUUGUCGAUCUCAUGGACCUGCCCCAGUCGCGAAAGGGUGGUACAGCCUCAGUUGAUUCGUCUGGACGCCUGAGUGGGAACGCCACAUUCAAUCCGAGUUUCGGUAUUGGGUCGUAUGAGCUCCAUUUCUGUGUAGACUUCCAGGGCGGUGAUAUUCGCGACACAGGGACGUGGGUCAAAAAUCGAGCUGGUUCCAGUCCGAAGACUGUCACGCUUGUUGAAGACGGGAGCAAUACCCCAGCCACUCUUUCGGCUGGUACGUUUACAAGGUUCCAGGCAUUAAAAAACAAUACUAUCACUGCGCGUGUUGGUGUCAGCUUUAUUAGUGUUGAACAGGCUUGCUCCAACGCAGAGACAGAGCAGCCCGAUUUCGAUUUCGCUAAAACAGUAUCUGCGGCUGAAUCUGCGUGGAGGGAUAAACUGAAUGUAAUCAGCGUUGAUACCGAAGGCAUCUCCUCCGACUUACAGAAGGUUUUCUGGAGCGGUGCGUAUCGAGCGAUGAUUAGCCCGCAAGACUACACAGGAGAGAAUCCACUUUGGAAAAGUGAAGAGCCAUAUUACGAUAGCUUCUAUUGUAUCUGGGAUUCAUAUCGUGGAGUACACCAAUUACUGACCCUGAUGGAUCCCCUGUCUCAAUCCCGAAUGAUCAGGAGCUUGGUUGACAUUUACCGUCAUGAAGGCUAUUUGCCCGAUUGUCGUAUGUCUCUUUGCAAGGGGUACACUCAAGGAGGGUCCAAUGCAGACGUCCUCAUCGCGGAUGCAUACUUGAAAAAUGUCAGUGAUGUUGAUUGGGACACAGCCUACGAGGCUAUUGUAAAGGAUGCGGAGGUUGAACCAGCGAACUGGGGUGUCGAAGGGCGCGGUGGCCUUCGGAGCUGGAAGGGACUAGGUUAUAUCCCUACGGACGAUUUCGAUCCUGAUGGCUCAGGGCUCCACACGCGCAGUAUUUCGAGAACCGUCGAAUAUGCAUACAAUGACUUCUGUAUCGCCGAAGUGGCUAAGCGAAUGGGCCAUGAGAGUGACUAUGAGAAAUACCUCACGCGAGCUUCUAACUGGCAGAACAUGUUCAAGGAUGAUCAGAUAUCGACAAUCAAUGGUGUGGAUACAGGUUUUACGGGCUUCCUGCAGCCUCGUUAUCAAAAUGGGACAUGGGGAUACCAGGACCCCAUCUUCUGCAGUCCACUCAUGAACUUUACAUCCUGCUAUCUGAACCCAGAUGGGCACGAAACAUAUGAAGGGAGCUCCUGGCUCUAUACAUUUUAUGCCCCCCAGGAUAUGAGUCUACUGAUAAAGCGACUGGGCGGCACCCAGCUCUUUACAUCUCGACUGAACUACCUACACGAUUCGGGUAUACUUUAUGUUGGAGAUGAGCAAGCCUUUCUUACCGUUUUCCAAUAUCACUAUGCUGGUCGCCCGGCACUCUCGGCUGCGCGUUCCCACUUUUACAUCCCAUCUCAAUUCAACACAUCAGUCUCUGGGAUCCCCGGAAAUGACGACGGUGGAGCGAUGGGCUCUUUCGCUGUGUUGAGCAUGAUGGGCCUCUUUCCAGUUCAUGGACAAGACGUCUAUCUAAUCACACCACCCUUCUUCAAAGAGAUCAGCAUCCGGAACAGCGUUACCGGCGCGGUUGCCACAAUUCGGAAUCUCAACUUCGAUCCUACUUAUAAGGGUAUCUAUAUUCAGAGCGCCAAGCGAGAUGGUAAGCCGUGGACAAAGAGUUGGAUCGGUCAUGACUUUUUCAACGAGGGUGGUGUGCUUGAGCUUGAGCUAGGUUUGACGGAGAGUGCUUGGGGGACGCAGAAUGAGGAUCUUCCUCCCAGUAUGAGCCACGACUAA